GAACGCCGAGAGCGCUGCCGAGCACCGAGCGGAGAGCCAAGGCGCUGACAGGAAGCCUCCGCGCCCGGCCCGGGGGCGAUCCGCCCGCAGCGCCCCCGGGUCUCUCCCCGGGACGCCAUGGCCCCACCGAGGCCAGGCGCACCUGCGGGACCCCGGGCGCAUCAGCUCGCGCGCAGCUGAACAGGGUGCAUUUUGGAGAGGCCAGGGCCCCCUGGGGUGCAGGUGGGGGCCGGGGCCAUGGAGCCCCCGGCCGUCCCCUCGGAGAGGAGCCUGUCUCUGUCUCUGCCUGGGCCCCGGGAGGGCCAGGCCACCCUGAAGCCGCCCCCCCAGCACCUGUGGCGGCAGCCGCGGACCCCCAUCCGUAUCCAGCAGCGCGGCUACUCGGACAGCGCGGAGCGCGCUGAGCCAGAGCGGCCGCCACACCGGCCCAUAGAGCGCGCCGACGCCGUGGACACCGGCGACCGGCCCGGCCUGCGCACAUCCCGCAUGUCCUGGCCCUCGUCCUUUCACGGCAGCGGCGGCGGCAGCGCGGGCGGAGGCAGCUGCAGGCGCUUGGAGGCGGAGAAUGGACCGACACCGUCGCCAGGCCGCAGCCCGCUGGACUCGCAGGCGAGCCCGGGCCUUGUGCUGCAUGCCGGGGCGGCCACCAGCCAGCGCCGGGAGUCCUUCCUCUACCGCUCGGACAGCGACUAUGACAUGUCACCCAAGACCAUGUCCCGGAACUCGUCGGUCACCAGCGAGGCAACCAGCCCCUGCAGCGUGACCAUCCUUGUAAGGCACGCAGAGGACCUCAUCGUCACGCCGUUUGCCCAGGUGCUGGCCAGUCUCCGGAGCGUUCGCAGCAACUUCUCCCUCCUGACCAAUGUGCCCAUUCCCAGCAACAAGCGGUCCCCACUGGGCGGCCCAGCCCCCGUCUGCAAGGCCACGCUAUCAGAGGAGACGUGUCAGCAGUUGGCCCGGGAGACACUGGAGGAGCUGGACUGGUGUCUGGAGCAGCUGGAAACCAUGCAGACCUACCGCUCCGUCAGCGAGAUGGCUUCCCACAAGUUCAAGAGGAUGCUAAACCGUGAACUCACACACCUGUCAGAGAUGAGCAGGUCAGGAAACCAGGUCUCUGAGUACAUCUCCACCACAUUCCUGGACAAGCGGAAUGAAGUGGAGAUCCCAUCACCCACGAUCAAAGAUCGGGAAAAACAGCAAGCGCCACGGCAGAGACCUUGCCAGCAGCCCCCGGCCCCUGGGCCACAGCUCCAGCCCAUGUCUCAGAUCACUGGGGUGAAGAAGCUGAUGCACAGCAGCAGCCUCAGUGAUUCCAGCAUCCCCCGCUUUGGGGUGAAGACUGAGCAAGAGGAGCUCCUGGCCCAAGAACUGGAAAACCUGAACAAGUGGGGCCUGAACAUCUUUCGCGUGUCAGAUUACGCUGGGGGCCGUUCCCUCAGCUGCAUCAUGUACACGAUAUUCCAGGAGCGGGACCUCCUGAAGAAGUUCCGCAUCCCGGUGGACACUAUGGUGACAUACAUGCUGACCCUAGAGGACCACUACCACCCGGAUGUGGCUUACCACAACAGCCUGCAUGCAGCCGACGUGCUGCAGUCCACCCAUGUGCUGCUGGCCACACCGGCGUUGGAUGCCGUGUUCACGGACCUGGAGAUUCUCGCUGCCCUCUUCGCGGCCGCCAUCCACGACGUGGACCACCCUGGAGUCUCCAAUCAGUUCCUCAUCAACACCAAUUCGGAACUGGCGCUCAUGUACAACGACGAGUCGGUGCUGGAGAAUCACCACCUGGCCGUGGGCUUCAAGCUGCUGCAGGAAGACAACUGUGACAUCUUCCAGAACCUCGGCAAGCGCCAGCGGCAGAGCCUGCGCAAGAUGGUCAUCGACAUGGUGCUGGCCACGGAUAUGUCCAAGCACAUGACCCUCCUGGCUGACCUGAAGACCAUGGUGGAGACUAAGAAAGUGACCAGCUCGGGGGUUCUCUUGCUGGAUAACUAUUCCGACCGCAUCCAGGUUCUACGGAACAUGGUGCACUGCGCAGACCUGAGCAACCCCACCAAGCCGCUGGAGCUUUACCGCCAGUGGACCGACCGCAUCAUGGCCGAGUUCUUCCAGCAGGGCGACCGCGAACGUGAGCGAGGCAUGGAGAUCAGUCCCAUGUGCGACAAGCACACAGCCUCAGUGGAGAAGUCUCAGGUGGGUUUCAUCGACUAUAUCGUACACCCGCUGUGGGAGACGUGGGCUGACUUGGUCCACCCAGACGCCCAAGAGAUCCUGGACACUCUGGAGGACAACCGGGACUGGUACUACAGCGCCAUUCGGCAAAGCCCCUCGCCACCCCCCGAGGAGGAGCCUGGGGGACCGGGUCACCCCCCACCACCAGACAAGUUCCAGUUCGAGCUGACGCUGGACGAGGAAGAGGAGGAGGAGGUGUGCAGUGUCCCAGGCGCAGCUGCAGUUCAGGAAUUGUACACGGCCCAGGACGCCUCCCCGCCUGAAGGCCCUUUGGAGCUUGAUGGCCAGGAUCCGUCUGCGGAGGUGGAGAUAGAGGAAAUGUACUUGACCCGGCGAGUGGACGCCACAGGUAGUGUGGCAGCAGCUGGCCAGGAUGUGUCCAUGCCCCGAGGCGCAUCCGUGGAUGUCUACGUGGGCUGCUGCCGCAGCAUCCCUGCCCUGUCUCCUAAUAGCCUUGCUCCGCUUGCCUUGAGGACACCGCCCCCUCCAGAGGACGACCCGGGCCUUCUGGGCCUCCCCUCCAUGGCAGCCGAGGUGGGGGCCCAAAAAGAGCAUCAGGCUGCCAAGAGGGCAUGCUGUGCCUGCACGGGGACAUCCGGCGAGGAACCCACUCCUGGAGCACUUCCAGCUCCCGGAGGCUGGGGGUCAGCUGGUGGCCCGACCUGAGCGUCAGUCCCUGCACCCGGUGGGCCUCCGUGCCACCCGCCACCGCCACCACCAUCACCCCCUGACCUCCUCCACUGCCUCAAAGACUCUUGGGCCUCCUGAGAAAAAAGAAAACAGAAAAGUGGGUUUUUUUUCUCUUUUCUUUUUUUCCUCUUUCCCCCCCACCCCCACCCAGGGGCCUCUUUUUGGAGGUGGGGGCUGGGGAACCAGGGGCUGAGGUCCCGGAAGUGAUUUUAUUUUUGGAAUUUUAAUUGUUACAUUUUUAGAAAAAGAAAAAAAAAACAAACAAAAAAAAAACAGGAUGAAACACAGCAACUGUAGACGCUCCUGUUCCCGGCUCCCCUUGUCCAGUUCCAACCACCCCCCAACCCUACCUCGUCAGCCCCCAAUCCUCACCACCGUCGCCCAGGUUCCAGGCUUAGUCUUCCGGCCUCUUGGGGCUCUUUGCCUGGUGUAGAAUCUCCCUCCAGACUUCUUCUGAAUUUUGGGAGGAUCUCUAGAACCCAGCCAGGAAUAGCCAUUCUGGAUGGGGCCCCUGGGGGUGGGGAGGGGUCGCCCAAUGUAGGGGGGGCCCCAGCUCCAGUCCUACUCUGGCUUUCUGCCCUCCCCUCCCCAGAAGUCUUCCGCCUCAUUUUGCACAAACCUGGCAAUACUGACUUGAGGGAGCCAUGGGGCUUCAGGAGGCAAGGGGAGGGUGUCAGAGGGACAUUCACACCACCAACCUGGGGUCUGAGGUUUCAGGAGGGCCUGAUCCCACUUUCCCUCCACCCAUCACCCCUUUCCUCUUCCACUCCGGGUUUUGGUUUGAAUUUUCUCCGUUUGGAGAGGGGGGAUGAUUUGGAGCCACCCCCCUUCCUUCCAGCUGCUUCUCCUCUUGUUUCUGCCUUAAUGAUUCCCACGGCCAUAGGAGAGGGGGUUGCAGUGGCUCCCACUUGCACCUCGAGUGGGGCGGGGCCAGGCCCAGAGUUCCUGUCCUGGGUAUGCCCCCUCCCCAGCAUCCUCCUGCCCACCCCCAACUCUUUGCCCUAGGAGGAAGCAAUAACGGUGUACACCCACAUCCCCUUUCUGGGCAGCCCACCCCACCCUGGCAUCAAAGUCAUUUCUCCUUUCAUCCCCCACCUUGCCAAGCCUCCCUGUCUUCCCCUAGCUAUUCCCUGGAGCAAUACGACGGACAGAUGCAAGGCCAUUUUUCUUCAAGCCAUGGGGGGACUAUUUGGAAGGAAAGACUCCCACUUCCCCCAUCCGCUCUGCCCCUCAGCUUGGUUCUGCAGCGGGGCAGGACCGGCCUCUCUCAUCUUCCUCCCCUCCGAUUCUGAGCACACGGUACUGUAGCCCCCAGCUCCCCCCAGCCUUCCAUCUGUCUGUCCUUCCCUGUGGGGAGUACCGCCCAUUCCCACCCCCAAGAUGCUGUACAGGGUUCAUUUUUGUAGCGAAAGUAGUUUCAGUCCCAGCCGGAGACCGGAGGGGGCCUUUUCUUUUGGUUCUCUUUCUUUCUCUUUUGUUUUUGUUUUGUUUUGUUUUGUACAUACUGUAAGGUUGGUUUGUAAAUUAUUCUACAGAGGCAAAAAGGGAAAAUAAACUUGCCCUUCCUCCACUGACUCAGUCAGGGGAAAGAGGGGUGGGGGUCUCCCAGGGGGAGUCUCCAUUCCUGCUGUAUUAUACAAACUGUACCAUAGACCCCCAGAAGCGUGGAGUCAGUGCUGUUUAACAGGGAGUCAUGUGAUCAGAGGGGGAGGUGAGGGCUGGGCAGCACCUGCCCCUCUCCUUGUCCCCAGGGACCCAGGGGAGGGGAGCCCAGGAUGACCCCCGCCCCCCCGGGAGCUGCUCAAGUGUUGUCCAGUUUAACGAUCAGUCAGUCGGUCCGCUGAUCGAUACUCAACCCUUCGAUCUUGUCUCCAAUUAAACCAAGGCUUUCACCGA